AUGAGUGAGAGCGAGUCAAUAUCCUCUUCUAUAAAGCCAAAAAAGAGACAUUAUUCAAGAUUAGGGUGCUUGGAAUGCAAGAAGAGAAGACUAAAGUGUGACGAGAUAAAGCCCAAGUGUACUCAUUGCGUGAAAUAUCUGAAACAGUGUUUGUAUCUUCAUCCUGUUAAGUUCAGCAAACUGAGAACUGUGGUACUCGAAGAUGCAAUGUUUGUACCAUAUAGUACAGAACAGAAAACAAACCAAAAAGAUAAAAGGAGGGCUAGAAUCUUGCCUCAGACUAUUUCCAAAGUAAACGUUGAUAAUACAAGGGCCAUUGCGAAAGAUAUGAAGGUCGGUCCUAAGAACCCUUACAUGACGCUUAAUUUUGAUGAAAAUAAACAGAAAUUGAUUGAAUCACAGGAGGACAUUGACUCAAUGUAUAAGUCGACCGCUCAGAACUUUCUGGCAGACGUUUUGAGCGAGGUAGACCAAUUGUUGUUGGAUGAAGUAUCAUUGUUGACACAUGGAUUAAGUGACAACAUGACUUUUAUCAAUGACCUUGAAUUAUUAAAUGAAGCAUUGAGCCCUAGAGAUAUUUUUUUUGAUGUUGGACAUCCCGAAUCCGAAAUUAUUGAAGCAAAUGAUGCCAGAAUACAGCAUCUCAUUGCAUCCCACGAUAAGAUCGCUGAUCACAAGAAUUACUUGAGACUAUUCCAGGAUAAAUAUUCGUUAUGGAUAAUGCCAUUUUCCUCAGAGUCCGAAAAUGUUUGUAGCUCAAUAUUAUUGGGCCGGGCUUUGAAAUUUCCCUUCUUAGCAUUCGCCAUCAUUUCAAUGACUGCACGAUAUGAAAGCUUUUGUCAUGGCGAUCCGACGGACAAGUAUUACCAAAAGUAUUACUUCAAACUAUGUUGUGAAGAUUUUUCUCGAAUAUUUAAAGUUAAGUCUCAUAUACCAGAAUACAUUGAACCAUUAAUAUUGACAACACUACUCUUGGUUACAGAUUCUGUGGCUUUCGUCAAUGGCAAUUGGAGAUCUCAUUUGAAAGCUGCUCAAGUUCUCUUUGCUAAAUAUGUCGAUAUUUACAAGAAAACAAGUGCUGCGAUUUUGCUCUCCACUAUUUGGUUUGCAACUUUUGAGUUAUUGGCAGUUGGGGUAAAUCCUGUUGGUGGAUCAAUCACCUUACAGGAGGAAUUUGCUAAGAUAAUUAAAGCUUGUGGUAAUUCGGAAAAUGGAGAGUUAAGUGUGCACUUAGGCUUAAUAAUGGCUAAUGGAUAUAACGUAUUUUUUGGAUGUUCAGCAGAAACCCUCAAUCUAUUCUCUGUGUUUGCACAAGUUACUAUAAAAAUUAAGAAAAAUGACAGAGGAAAGGUAGCACACAAUGAUCUUGCUAUGUUAAUUAGUGAAGUCGGGAAAGCUAGCGAAACUUAUUUGGCCUCCAGAGAUGGAUUAAUAAAAAGAAAUAAUCCUUAUCAUCCAAAUAAUGCAACGGGUAUGCUUUUGCCAGUUUCCACAUAUGGCUAUGCUGAUGACUUCAUAUUUUCUUGGUUUGACGUUUCGGAUAAGGCACAUAUUAAGGCACUCUAUCUCAAGAUGCUAUGUGAAGAGAAUUUUCUCAACUUGAGUAUAGACGAUAAAUUGGUUCAAGGUCUAGUAAAAGACAUUCUUGACUGCUGUUUAUUCUUUCGUUCAAUCUACAUAACUGAAGAAUUUAAAGUGGAUGAGUAUUUUGAAAAGAAUCCUGGUAGCACCCUAUGUCUGGACAGAAGAUUAUUAAUGGUACAUUGGCCCCUAUUAACUUGUGGGCUUUGUUGCAUCGAUGUUAUCGAUCGGUUGAAAAUUGAAAUAUUCUUUAAAGGAAUGAUAAAAAUGGGUGCUAGAUCUCUAGAAAGCUCAUUUAAUGUAAUCAAAAACAAGUGGAAGGGCACAUCUGAGUAUUCCGACUUCUUGCCAUUUGUAUAG